AGCUAAAACCUUGAAAUAUCCAAGCCUCUGAGGUUUUGAGUUUGGUCGGCCAAUAAGGUUUUAUCAUCUUCAUCUUCUUCUAUCAAAAAAUCAGAUGGCGCUGUUACAAAUCAUGUGUUCAGUAACGCCAUUAGCACGUGCGUCAACAAGGUCACGUUCCAUCAUCGUCUCCUGUUCCCGCACCGUCACCACUCUCCCCACAACCACCACUAAAACAUCACCACUGCCGGAAUCCACCGUGCUUCUUGGCAUGUCUGAGGAACAACUUCAACAACUUGCCAUCAAAUUCGGCCAGCAAAGUUAUAGAGGGAAACAAUUGCAUCAUCUUUUGUACAAGAGAAAGGUUAAACAAAUUCCAGAACUAAGUCAAGUUCCUUUGGCAUUCAGGACUGCAUUACAAGAGGCUGGUUAUGUGGUUGGGAGGUCAUCUGUGCACAGUUCUGUGGUAGCAGCCGAUGGCACUAUCAAGCUGCUGAUAAAAUUAGAAGAUAAUCGAUUAGUGGAAACUGUUGGCAUACCAGUUACGGAUGAGAAAGGUUCAGUUCGUCUUACAGCUUGUGUCUCAUCACAGGUAGGCUGCCCAUUACGCUGCUCAUUUUGUGCUACUGGAAAGGGAGGAUUCUCUAGAAACCUUAAAGGGCACGAGAUUGUGGAGCAGGUGUUGGCAAUAGAGGAGGUGUUUAACAAUAGGGUUACAAAUGUGGUAUUCAUGGGAAUGGGCGAGCCAAUGUUAAAUCUGAAAGAAGUUCUAGCUGCUCAUCGAUGCUUAAACAAGGAUAUACAAAUAGGACAACGGAUGAUGACCAUUUCCACCGUUGGAGUUCCAAAUACUAUAAAAAGGCUUGCUUCCCACAAACUUCAAUCUACGCUAGCUCUUAGCCUUCAUGCUCCUAAUCAAAAGUUGAGGGAAAAGAUUGUGCCAAGUGCUAAAGCGUACCCUCUGGAGGCAAUUAUGAAGGACUGCAGGGACUAUUUCCAUGAAACUAGUAGACGGGUAUCCUUUGAGUACACACUUUUAGCUGGAGUCAAUGAUGAUGUGGAGCAUGCCAAAGAACUUGCUGAAUUACUCCAUCAAUGGGGGCCUGGAUAUCAUGUGAACCUGAUCCCUUUUAAUCCAAUAGAAGGCACCGAGUAUAAGCGUCCUUACAGAAAAGCGAUCAGUAUAUUUCAAUCUAUGUUAGAGUCCCGUAAAAUAACAGUUAGUGUACGUCAGACACGAGGUCUAGAUGCAAGUGCAGCUUGUGGGCAGCUACGAAAUGAGUUCCAAAAGAGUCCCUUAGUUACACCUUCCAUUGAUGACGUACCACCUGAACCAGAAAUAGAACAUGAACCCGAGGCGGCAGUUGCUUGUUAAUAAAUAACACAGUUUAAGGCUGCUUUAGAUUCACUCUGCUCAGUGUUUCAUAAUGUAUAUACCCACAUCACAUCUACUUUCAUGUCUGGUGUGACUUGUCAAAUGGUCCAACAAUUUCGACAUGUGGGUCAGCCAGGGUCUGUGCUUGAGUUUGAGCAUGAACAAGAAAUGCAGGUUAGUUGCGGUCAAAUACGGAUCUGGUAUGGUGCUUAGUUAUACAAAGAGGAUUGUCUUCUUAGAGUAGUUAUGUUGCCAAUUUAUGUGCUUAUCUUUUUUACCAUUUGUCGAUCGACAUGUACACUUGUUUUAUUAUCCUAAUAUAAUUUAUCUGGUAUUAGUUGAUUUUGUGACAUACGAACAAAAGUAAUGUAAUUGAUAACGUAGUAUAGUAGUAAUUGAAUUGGUAUACUAGUAUUUUGAAGCUAGAAUCUAUUUAUUUAACAGUUGCA